GACGAAUCGACGAACAUGAAUCUCACAAAUUCUCUUCUUAUCAAAUUCAGAGGUAAUCUUAUCACUAAAUCCUUCCUUCUUCACUGUAAUUUCUCCACAAAUCGAUCUAUGGUUGAUAAAAUUACCAACUUGAAUGAUGCACUCAACCUGUUCGAUGAAAUGUCACAAACACGCCCUCUCCCAUCUGUUGUCAAAUUCACUCAGUUGUUGAAUGCUGUUACUAAAAUGAAACAUUUUCCCUCUUCUCUUCAUCUUUUCAACCAAAUGUGUGCAAUUGGUGUUCCCAUUGAUAAAUACUCAAUGAGCAUUGCAAUCAAGUGUUGUUGCCAGUUGUAUCGCACCAAAGACGGGUUUGCAGUCCUAGGGUGUUGCUUUAGGCGAGCUAUUCCACCCAAUGUGUACAUAUAUAGUGCACUCUUAGAUGGACUUGUCCUUGAAGAUAAGAUUCUUGAAGCAGAGAUGUUAUUCAAGAAGCUCGUCAAACAAAAACUCUGUGAACCUGAUGUGGUUAUGUAUAACACAAUGAUUAAAGGGCUUUGCAAGUUCGGUAAUAACGUUACAGCAGUUGCUUUGCUCAGGCUAAUGGAACAAAAAAACUGCAAGCCUAGUAUUGUUACAUAUAGCACCAUCAUUGAUAGUCUUUGCAAGGAUAAACUGAUUGAUGAUGCUUUCAAACUCUUUAAAGAGAUGGUAUUUGAAAAAGGAAUUUUACCAAAUGUCAUUACCUACACCUCUUUAAUUCGUGGCCUUUGUAACUUAGGUCAUUGGGAUGAGGCCUCAAAGCUGCUAAAAGAAAUGGAGGAUGAAAAGAUUUCUCCAGAUGUGCAAACCUUUACUGUAUUAGUUGAUGCUUUUUGCAAGGAAGGUAAAGUAGAAGAAGCUGAGGCUAUUAUCAACAUCAUGAUUGAGAGAGGUGAGGUUCCAGACAUAGUGACAUACAACUCACUUAUUGAUGGUUACUGUCUUCGAGGUGAAAUGAUCAAAGCAAGGGAGAUUUUUGAUUCACUGGCGCUUAGAGGUCUCGUCCCUGAUGUUGUCGCUUACAGUAGUUUGUUGAAUGGGUAUUGCAAAAAUCUGAACAUAGAAAAAGCUAUGCAAAUGUUUCAAGAAAUGACUGGAAAAGGUUUAAAGCCCAAUGUAGUCACUUACAACACCAUGAUACAAGGAUUCUUUCAGGUUGGGCGUUGUGUAGAUGCACGCAAACUCUUUGAUGAGAUGCAUGCACAAAGCCAAAUCCCAGACCAAUACACUUAUCGAAUAGUUUUAGAGGGCCUUUGCAACAAUCGUCAAGUAGAAGAGGCUCUCUCUUUUUUUCAUUUGAUGGGUGAUAGCAAGCUUAAUUCUGAUAUUGUUGUGUACAAUAUCCUCAUUGAUGGUGCAGGAAAAUGUGGGAAAGUGGAUAUUGCAAGGGUUCUUUUCCAAGGUCUAAUUGAUAAAGGCGGUGUAGGCACGCGGCUGCUGCUGUAGGGGAUUUAAUUUUCAUUUACGGUGGUUUACGCGGAGGGGUAUUGUUAGAUGAUCUUUUAGUUGCUGAAGACCUGGCUGCUGCUGAAAUGACAUCAGCAGCGUCACAUGCAGCUGCUGCAGCUGUAGCCUCUAAUGCACAGGUAGGCGGGAGGCCACCUGGACGCUAUGGAUUUGUUGAAGACAGAACGAGGCAGCCAAAUUCUGAAACAGAUGCUGACGGUGCAGUCGUACUUGGGGAUCCUGUUGCUCCGCCUGCUAACGGUGACAUGUAUACAGAUCUCAGCACUGAGAAUGCCAUGCUCCCCGGCUCAAGGAGAUUAAGCAAAGGAGUUGAAUAUUUGGUCGAGGCAUCGGCAGCUGAAGCUGAAGCUAUUGCUAAAACCCUAGCCGCCGCAAAAGCACGUCAAUCUAACGGUGAAGUUGAUCUGCCAGAUAGAGACCGUGGAGCGGAGGCUACUCCGAGUGGGAAACAAAUGAUAAAACCUGAUUCUGAUGUUGUACCUAGUUCUGCGCCAGCUGGCAUACGUUUGCAUCAUCGAGCUGUGGUAGUAGCUGCAGAGACGGGUGGAGCAUUAGGUGGAAUGGUGAGACAGCUGUCAAUAGAUCAGUUUGAAAAUGAAGGCAGGAGGGUUAGUUAUGGGACCCCAGAAAACGCAACUGCAGCAAGGAAGCUUCUAGAUCGGCAAAUGUCAAUCAACAGUGUCCCCAAAAAGGUGAUUGCUCACCUAUUGAAGCCUCGUGGGUGGAAGCCACCUGUUCGCAGACAAUUCUUUCUGGAUUGUAAUGAGAUAGCUGAUCUUUGUGAUAGUUCUGAACGAAUAUUUUCAAGUGAACCUAGUGUUUUACAACUUAGGGCUCCAAUCAAGAUAUUUGGUGAUUUGCAUGGGCAAUUUGGAGACCUCAUGAGACUUUUUGAUGAGUACGGAUCCCCAUCUACGGCUGGAGACAUAGCAUAUAUCGAUUAUCUCUUCUUAGGAGAUUAUGUUGAUCGAGGCCAACACAGUUUGGAAACCAUUAGCCUUCUGUUAGCUCUGAAGGUUGAAUAUCCACACAAUGUUCAUUUAAUUCGUGGGAAUCAUGAAGCUGCAGAUAUAAAUGCACUUUUUGGCUUUCGAAUCGAGUGCAUAGAGCGAAUGGGCGAGAGAGAUGGAAUCUGGGUAUGGCACAGGAUAAACAGAUUAUUCAACUGGUUGCCACUGGCCGCGUUAAUUGAGAAAAAGAUUAUUUGUAUGCAUGGUGGUAUUGGGAGGUCAAUUAAUCAUAUUGAGCAGAUCGAAAACCUUCAACGGCCGAUCACGAUGGAAGCUGGUUCAAUUGUACUUAUGGAUUUAUUGUGGUCUGACCCAACAGAAAAUGACAGUGUGGAAGGACUGCGACCAAAUGCCAGAGGUCCUGGGUUAGUUACUUUCGGGCCUGAUCGUGUUAUGGAAUUCUGCAACAACAAUGAUCUCCAACUGAUUGUACGUGCACAUGAAUGUGUAAUGGAUGGAUUUGAACGUUUUGCCCAAGGACAUUUGAUUACCCUCUUCUCAGCCACUAAUUAUUGUGGUACCGCAAAUAAUGCAGGCGCGAUAUUAGUGCUGGGUAGAGAUCUUGUAGUGGUUCCGAAACUUAUUCAUCCUCUGCCACCAGCAAUUUCAUCACCUGAAACUUCCCCUGAACGGCAUAUCGAUGAUACAUGGAUGCAGGAGCUUAAUGCAAACAGACCACCAACGCCAACUAGAGGCCGUCCACAAGUUACAAAUGAUCGUGGUUCUCUUGCAUGGAUGUAGUUGAACUGUUGAAGUAUCGUAUAAUCACAUCUCUGUAAUCACCCAGAAAACUUUGCUACGGUUGGUUCAUUCAAGAGCUUUCAAGAAUUUUUUCAACCGUAUCCUCCCAACCUGACUCCACAUAGUUGGUAAAAAUGAAGAUUUGAGAUCGAUCACAAAAAACGCAGCAAAGGCGGGUUAGCAAUCCCUUUGUGCAUUGGCAAAGGGGGAGUUUUGAUUUUCAUUGCUGGUUUUUGUUUUACAUGAUUUUUGUUCUUUGGUUAGGUGUAUGAUUUGUUUAUUUUUGUUUUGAGUUUUGUUAAAAAGAUAGAAUGAGGUUGGUUAUAUAUAUGUCUGGAAAGAAGGUGAUGAUUGUAUCAUAGUGGAAGUGGUGGUGUUGUGUUUAUGUACAAUGUAACAUUUGUGUGAAGAUAAAGACUAAAAAACUUCAUUUGUUU